UCCUCUUCCCCUUGCCUCUUCAAACUCGUCUUCUUCUUCUCUACCUUCCUAUACCCCCCACGCCCUUAGUUUCCUCUACCGCGGCAGCAAAUAGCUGGAAUUUCCUCUGGGGGAAACUACGUGGAUCUUUCCCUAGGCUCCUCGCUCCGCCCUGGUGUUCUUUCCCCUCUCUUCGGAUGAGACCUUAGCAGGGAUUUAAAGGGAGAAGAGUUCCCUAGCCCUCGGCGGGGAGCAAGCAAGGGAGAGUAGUGGGAGGAGAGCAGCUGGCAUCUGACCCAUCUCCGCCAUGUGACUCUGUCUUCUACCCACCUACCCCCCGUCCGGGCGCGCCCUCCCUCUCAGCGCCCCGGUCCCUAUUCUCUUCUAGCCCCGCACCAUGUUUCAGCGGGAUCGGGGGCAGCUAACGCAGCAUCCCAGCCUCCGGAGACAGGUAGAGCCUGUGCUACUAUUUCGCCUCUUCUACUGUACCUUCUUGGUGUGCACCAAAGAGAUCGCAGCCCUCACUGACUUCUCCGGUUAUCUAACCAAACUUCUACAAAACCACACCGUGUAUGCUUGUGAUGGUAACCGGUUGAGUCUUCAGUGUCCUCGACAUUCUACAAUUAGUGUCCAGUCAGCAUUUUAUGGUCAAGAUUAUCAAAUGUGUAAUUCACAGCAGCCUGCAACCAUGAUGAAAGACCAUUUAACCUGUAUGGCACCCACAGCUCUGCAGAAAGUACUGGAUGAGUGCCAGAACCAGAGAGCCUGCCAACUUCUUGUCAAUAGUCGUGUUUUUGGACCUGACCUGUGUCCAGGAACUACUAAAUACCUUUUGGUCUCCUUUAAAUGCAAACCUAAUGAAUUCAAGACUAAAACUGUCUGUGAAAAUGAAGAGCUAAAACUUCACUGCCACGAGACAAAGUUUCUUAACAUUUAUUCUGCGACCUAUGGUAGAACAGCAGCUGAAAAGGACAUCUGCUCUUUUGAAAAAGAUUAUCUUCCUCAAUUUGAUUGUUUAUCUUAUUCAGCCUUGAAUGUAUUAUCAAAGAGGUGCUAUGGAAAGCAGAGAUGUAAAAUCAUUGUCAACAAUGACCAUUUUGGAAGUCCUUGUCUGCCAGGAGUGAAAAAAUACCUCACUGUGGGCUAUGCAUGUGUUCCCCAAAACAUACUUACAGCGGUUGAUCCAAUGGUUUCUAAUCUAAAUCCUUCUUUGAAGCAGAAAGAUGGUGACUAUGAUAUAAACUUUGAUCCAAGCGAAUCAAAGGCUCUGGCGAAAGAUGGAGUUAUUGUCAGCAACUCUUUGGCCACGUUUGCUUACAUUAGAGCUCACUCUGAAAGAGCUGCUCUGCUGUUUGUGUCCAGUGUUUGCAUUGGUUUAAUCAUCACACUGUUUGCUGUGGUGAUCAGAGUAUCUUGCACCAAAGACUUCCAGAAACUAAAUCAGAAAAAGAAACUCUUAGUUCCAGAAAUCAACACGGCAGAGGAAGACAGUGAAGAAGAAGAAGUGGAAGAUUCUUCAGACUCAGACUUUCCAGGUGAAAUGGCAGGAUUUUUCCGGACUUCUUACCCUGUCUAUAAUUCCACAGAAGCUGCUGAGGUGGCAGAAAGGAUAGAACGCAGAGAUCAGAUCAUUCAAGAAAUAUGGAUGAACAGUGGUUUGGAUACUUCUUCUCAGAGAAAUAUGGAUCAGUAUUAUUGAAAACCAAAUGAGGACUGUGGAAUAUAUUCUUUCAGAUGGGGGUGGAGGGAGGAUCACCAAUAUGAAAAGGAUAAAAUUUCAAAAUCCUCCUUAAGUUUUUUGUCAUUUGUACCUUCUAUGAAGGCCAAUUUGCAACAACAUCCAAUAUUAGUGAAAUUGAAAAAUAAUAAAAAGGAAUGUUUUAAUUAUUUGGUAUCCUGAAGCACAUUCCAGAAUAAAGGGGAAAGUAUUCCUUAAUUGUGUUAUAUACUAAAGCUCCUGAAACAUCCUUACAUCUUUAAAAAAAAUGAAGAAACCAGGACAGUAAAUAGGAAGUUAAAUAAGGUGUUUUCCAGCAUUAGAUUUUAUUAUUCUUGUUCAUCUAAUUCUAUUUUAAAACUCAUGUACUUCUUUUAACAGAACAUCAAAUUAUUGUCCUUUCCACAAUCCUGUAACUCAAUUAUAGAAGGUCAAAAGUAAGCAAUGGCCAGAGAUGAGUCAUAGCUUGUUAAACAAGAUUAAAGAGCUCUCCCCUGGGAAUCAGGAGACCCAGGUUUUUAGUACUGAGAUGAUGUAGAAAUCAGAGGACUACUUGUAUAGAAGAGGUUAAUAAUAAUAUAUUAAAUUAAAAUGAAAUAUUUAUUAUUAGUUAAUAAUGAGACAUUAAAUAUUAUUAAUUAUAAUUAUUAUUAGUUUAUAAUGGUUGAAUAUUAGCUGGUGAGUAAUGAUAAUGGCAUUUAUAUUAUGUUUUUAAACUUUGAAAAGCACUUUACAAAUAUUAUUUCAUUCUAUCAAGGGCAACUCUGGGAGGUCAGUGCUCCUAUCUGUAAAAUAGUAUUUUCAUUUUAGAUGAAUAAAUUGAAGCUGGUUGAGCAAAUAAAUUCAAGGUUUGGGGCAAACCAGAUAAUCUCCAGGGUCCUUUCCAUAUCAAUGAUUCUGGAUGGUCCUUAUUAACUAGCUUUCUGACAAUUUAUAUAAUCUCAGUAGAUCUAUUGGCUCAAGUACAAAAAGGAACAGAUCACUUUAAACUGAUGAGAUUGGUGAUCUCCUCUAGUUCUAAAGUUUUUUUCUGCUAUUCCUUCAUUGUAAAAUCUGCCGGAACAAGUAGCAGAAGUAGAUGGUCACCCUAAUGAAAUCCAGCCAAAGUGUGGAGAGGAAAAUGAAAGAUAGGGGAAUUCUUCUCCUAGAGGAAGGGCCUGAGGGAAACUCUACUUCUCUUAUAGUUAGAAAGAAACAUUUGGUAUUUCCUGCACAUCCACCUCAGCAACUGGGGAAAGGGCAAAUUGUCUCAGGAAGAUGAAAAGGCUCCAUCAGCUCAUUUUGUGUGGAUUGAGACAAAGCAGCUUCCCCUUGGGUUCUUCUGCUGUCGAUCUGAUAUUAGAGGAUCAUAUAAACGUAGAUGUAGAACUAGAACUGCCUUUAGAAAUCAUUUAUCCUCCCUUCCUCUCCUCAUCUUCCAGAGGAAGAAACUGAGAUCCAGAGAAGUUUUUGGGUUUCCCCAAAGUAGGAAAGAACCAGGAUUCAAACCAGUAUCUGUAACCUUUUCCCACUGCAUCAUAUUGCUUUUUCCACCAGUGUGUCCUGAUGGUGUCUAUAUAAAAUAAUCAAAUAUUAAUUUAAUAGAACCAGAAGGAUUUCAGGAACAUAUCCAGUCUGCUCACAUUCAAUGAGUCCUAGGUGAAAAAAUACAUUGUAUUUAAAGCUGUAUCUUUCCAAAAACUACCCAGCAAACUCUACUUUUACUUUGUAUCGGUAGAGAGCCCUUACUCUAUAGCAAGUUCCUCCCCUCUUUUACCAUUGUAAGAGACAAAACAAAACAAAAAUAAGAAAAAUGCUCAGCACAGUACCUGAUAGGUUCUUAAUAAAUGCUGACUGACUGACUGGUACAUUGCAAUUUAGCUUUUAUGGGAAAAGAGGAGUUCCAGGAGAGGUGGAAGUCAGUACAUGCUAAGAAAGCCCUGUGUAAAACCCCAGGGAUCCUAUUUUCAGUUAUUACUUCCAUUUGAAAAUCCUGUCAUAUGUUUUCAGGAUAUUCCUUUGCUAUAUUCCCAGUAAGAAAUGGGAGAAAGGGGAGG